AUGGCAGAAAUCGUAGCAUCUGCGGUGGCUAGCGAGGCAGUGAGCAGGAUAUCCACCCUCGUAUCAGGCGACAGAACUGCUAGUCACCAGAGUGCCGAAGACAAAGCUGAGAGGCUGGAGAUGGCAGUGCUGAAAAUCCAAUGCAUCGUUGCCGUCUCAGAAGACCUCCAGAUCACCCACCUCCCCUUGCUGCACUGUAAGGCCAAGCUGAAGCGCGUUGCCGUGGAAGGCGACAGCCUCUUACAUGUGCACAAGAAGAAAACCUUGGAACGCAGCGCCACAGGUACCUCCUCGUUUUCUCAGUACUUGAUCCAUGCGGCCAAACGAUUUGUUCCUUUCCGCGGCAGCGGCAGAGAAGAAGACGAGUUGAGGGACAGCACGCUGCAAAGGUUGGAGAGGCUUGCUGACGGCGCGGAUAGCUUCUUCAGGCUGGUGGUUGAGUCCAGCGGCCGUCGUCGUCCAGAGAGGAGCGUGCCGUCGUCCUUGCCAUCGCUGACACAAUCUUUGCUUGCCGGCAACUCGGUGGAGUUCUCCCUCCAAAGACCCGGCACCGGCAGCAGCGACCUUGUUCUGCUAUGGCCAUGGCAGGAUCCAGACGCCGAUGAUGAAGACGAACUGGAGGCGUAUCUCAUGGUGUCGCGUGAGGAUGAGGUCACGUGGCAGAGAAACCUGAAGAUGGUCGUCUCGUUCCGUCUAUCAGAGGCCAAAAACAUACUGGCCAUCGCCACGAGCUGCCUGGACCUCCUGCCUCCACAGUUCGGUGCCGCGCGCGUUGCCAUCACGGGACUGUUGCAUCAAACCAUAGCAUCGCAAAGCCAUCGAUGGCGUUCAGAUCUGUCAGCUAAGUCGAUGUGGUGCCGCCGUAUGAUGCGGGAAUACCUCCGGUCUGAUUGUGGCCCACCGCAUAACCCUAAUCUGGAAUGCCCAAAUUCCGGAAUUAUGGUGCUUCCUCAGCCAGUGAUUUGA